CGUUGUGACCAGUAUGGAGUCUGUGUGCUACACGUGUGGCGAGAGGAUUUAAACAACAUAGAGUUAGAGCAAAAGUGAUGGCUUGAUACAUACAACUUCAGGAACCAACAUGGCAAGAGAAAGGAAAUGCAUCCUCUGCCGUACCAUCUACAAUACAAAGCAGGAAAUGGAUGAGCAUAUGCGUAGCAUGCUGCAUCAUCGCGAGCUGGAGAACCUGAAGGGCAGAGACUGUGACCACGAGUGUCGCGUGUGCCGUGUGUCAGUGGUGGGUCUGACAGGCUAUGCCAGCCACAUCUCCAGCCCUCUUCACAAGCACCAGGUUGAGCAGCAUGAUCAGGGUAGCAAGGGAUCUGACUCUGAGGAGGAGUACUUUGACCAGGAGUUGGUUGACCUUAUUGAGAAGCGCCGGAAAUUAGAGGAAGAAGCAAAACAGGCUAUGGAGGAAAAUCAACGAAAGCAACAGUUGCAAAAUAAAGGGUUUUCUCAGCAUGGUGCACAUAUGGGAUAUCCCAUGGUCCCCAUGAUGCAGGAGGGAUACGGCUCACCCAACUGGCAGAUACACAGGAGUUCCUCUCAAGGACCGAAUGGUGGGGCUCAUCACCCUGGGGAAAGUCACUUUUCGGAGCAGGUGGGGAUGUGGCCUCAUGGACAAAAAUUUCACCCAUCUCAUGAAUACCCAGGAAGGCCAUUAAAAUUCCAGAAGUGGUCCAUGAGAGGCGUGGGCUUCAGGGGGAGUCAAGGAGCCCAGAACAACUGGCAUCAUGAAGGUCAAGGAUGCCCCCCUCAACAGAUGGGAGAAUUUUCUCACCCAUACAUGAGCCAUCAGAAUCAGGGAUCUUGGGAAUGGUUGCCAAUGUCUCACAUGCAGUCUGGGAUGGAUUUGGACUUCACCAACGAUCACCUUCCCCACUCUUGUAGAUUCGAUCCCAGCUCUGAGGUAGAAUUCAAUCAUGGGGCUUAUCAGGCUCCAUAUGGUGGUAUCUACCGAAACUUUCAGGGUAGACAACAAACUAUGGGGAGGUCACGAGGAAUUCGAGGUAAGGGAAAAGGUUCAAAGUUUUGGCCUUUUAAGCAAAAUCGUUGGACCUCAUAUAACUGGGACACCCCAGAACAGUACCAUGAAAUUAUGUGGAAGGCAAAGAAGGCGUUGCAGAACAAGGACAGCUUUGCCACUGAGCCAGAAAUACAGGUUCACCAUGUGGAAGAACCUUUGAGUUCAACAAGCAGUGGCCUCAAGCCUGGGUCUUUGACAGUGGAAAAAUCCAUGAAGAAAAAAGACCCAAUAAAAGCUAGCAGUCAUCUGAACAGAAAGGGUACACUGAAAGAGUCUCAUCUCACUUCUUCCCUGCAGUCUGUUCAGAUUACUACCUCCACCAGCGAAAAUCCUGGGGAGAUUCAGCCUUCAGCUCUGGAAGGCCACCAGAGCCAGGAAGAGGAGGUGGAGGACGGAGACACUAAGAAAUGCACAUCAAUUCAAAAAGAGAAUGUGUCCGUGAUAGAUGAAGUUCCAGGUUCAGAAAGAGACACAAUGAAGGAAGCUCAGGCACCUGUCCACGGACCAGUAGUACCAGACCUGAGAAAACUGGGUCUCCCAGCAUCCCUGAAGUGGGAUUUGACCCGGCAUUCAAGCAAAGCCGGGGGUCACGAGCCCAACCUCAAUGCAGCACGAAGGAUCCGCAACAUCAGCGAGUUGCGGAAGUCUGAGGCCGAGAAGGACUUGGGACUGAGGCCCACUCUCCGACAGCUCAUCAGCUCCUCGGGUUCGCGCCGAAUUGCCAACUGGGACCAGGUGUACCAUGAAGUUUGCAAAAAGAAACAAAAGGAAGGGAAGGGCAUGCCUAGGUUUGGUAUUGAGAUGGUGCCCUCUGUGCCCUCUGACCCAGAAGUACUGAACACGGAAGAGGACGAAAUUUCCCUGUCAGAGGGAUAUCAAUGGGAAUCUUUCAGCAACCCUAGCUCUGCUGUCACUGGGUUUGGGCCCCGCAAACGAAGCUUUUCAGAGAGCAACCUGGGGGCCACUGAUCCAGAAAGUGGGUCCAGGGAAUCUUCUGCAAAGGAGUGCAGGCUGACCACAGAGAGACUGAACAUCUCACCUUGGGGCAGUGAAACCUCUAUACACUGUAGAUCUGGCCAAGCAGCCAACAGGGAGCUGGAGGAGGUUAACAAUACAGCCAGUCUGAGAGGAGAUGGUGAGAACCCUUUGGAAGAAGACACCAGACAAGAACAGAAUGAUUUCCAAGACACAGAUCUGACGAUAACAAAGGAUAACCCAUCUUUUGUAGUUGUUAGUUCAGAGCAGAGGACUGAAAAGCAGAAAGAUGUUAAAGUUAUUUCUACAGAAAGCUCCCAGGUGGACCAGCUUCUGGCUGUGUCCCUGAGGGAGGAGGAACUGAACAGUUCUCUCCAGACACUAGAAAGCAGCCUGAUCCAAGGCCGUGCAGCCCUGCAGGCUGCCUACAUGGAGAUGCAGCGCCUACUGAUGGUCAAGCAACAAAUUACUACAGAAAUGAAUGCGCUAAGGGCAAAACGCAUUGAAAUCCUACAAGGAAUGCAAGAGGGGUAUGAUGGAGGGUCUAAACAAACAGUGAAGAAGACCUCAGAGGUUGUUUCACCUGCUGUCAAAGCAUCACCUGCUUUGCCCCCUUCCUGCACCAUCCAACAGGAUGCUCUGUCGUACUCUCCAAGCCAGCUCCCACCAGCUGGUCUGCCCCAUAUUUUACAUCAAGCUGUGCCCCUAUCCUCCAUGUCUCCUGCACAUCCCACUCCUGCCACCACCACGCCGCUUUUCAUUAAGCAGGAGCCGGUUUCCCCCACGCGCCUAGACUCGGACCCUGACCCUGCCGAGAACCCUCAGACAGAUUCUACCCCAAGCAGCUCGUCUACAGCCCAGUGCAUACCACGAGCAGAGCAACAUGGGAGUGUGGUUGUGUCUAUAGGCCACAGCCAAGAAGAUGCUGCCAAAGGAUGGAGUUCUUCCGGAGUGCAGUCUCAUUCAAGUGCUCCGGCAGAGAACCAAGUACUUCAGGCCAAUGAAGAGAGGUGUGUUUCUGUCUCAGAAGAGUCUGUUUCUGACCCUUGCCAAAAGACAUCCUCUAAACGGUCUGGAGGUGAGAUCGAAAGUCAUGUUCUGCUGCUGGCCCAUGCAUCGUCUCCAGAUUUAACACCAGAACAGUCUUCUCCAUCUUCUGCCUUUAUGCCAAAGGGAAAAAAGAUAAACUUGAAGAACAAGAAAAAAUGGAAGAUAAAAAAGAAGGGAAAAGAGACUGAGAGUUACGCAAACAAUGCACAAAAUGGCAACGUAGAUCAGAGCGCAAAUGCUUGCUCUACCUUCUCCACUAAAACCAAUAUAAAUGAAAAGCAGUCUGGAGUAAGCAAGUCCAGCCCAACAAAAGAGAAACAGGAGGAGGAAGAGGGGACAGACUGCAGGAAGAAGUCAGCAGAGGCUGGAAACUCCCUGGCCUCCACAGGGGUGGAUCACGGAGCAUCUGACAGUGAUUCGUCCUCCUCCUUGGCAUAUGUGGAGCUGCCCGAGGCUCCACCACCCGAUAUUGUUUCCCUCGACUCAUCUGAUGCCGAAGAUGAGCAGGAGACCUGUGGCAGAGAAAAGUCCCCAUCGCUCCCCGGAGCAGGUGGCCCUUCUGAUUCAGGAAGAGCAAAACCCAAGGGACUGGCCUGUAAUGAGGUCAGCUCCACCAGCGAGCUGAACACUGGUGCAGGAAGUCAGAACAGUGAUACUCAGAUGCCUUCAGCCAGCACGAUAGACUCAAAGAAAUGCUCAGGUGUUUCCAUGGAGCCAACCGAAGGGUCAUUUGAGGGUCACAAGCAGGCUGUUACCGCCUUGCAGAUCCACGGUGGAUGCCUGUAUACCUGUUCUGAGGACCACACUGUGCGGGUCUUCAGCUUGGUGAGCCGGCAGUGUGUCGAAGUGUUCGAAGGCCACAGCGCCAAAGUCAACUGCCUUUUCGUAUCCUCUGGACCGGACCUGCAGCACCGGCUCUACACAGGCUCCAGUGACCAGACCAUCUGCUGCUAUAGCCUCAAGACCCGGGAGUGUGAAAAGCAGUUCAGCUUGAUGGACAGGGUCCUGUGUCUGCACAGUCGCUGGAAGAUUCUCUAUGCAGGCCUCGCCAAUGGUUGUGUAGUGAGCGUUUGCCUGAAGUCGAACCGGCAGCUGGAUGUAUUUGAGUGCCACAGUCCACGUGCGGUCAGCUGUCUAGCCUCCACACAGGAGGGGGCGCGGCGACUCCUGCUGGUGGGCUCAUACGACUGCACCAUCAGCGUGCGGGAUGCCAAGAGUGGCCUGCUGCUCCGCACACUGAAGGGUCACACCAAGACCGUGCUCUGCAUGAAGGUGUCUCAUGAAUUUGUGUACAGCGGUUCAAGCGACUGGCUUGUCCAGUGCCAUAACAUUCAUACAGGAGAACUAAAACGCAUCUACAAAGGUCACAACCAUGCAGUGACCGUAGUUGCUGUCUUGGGGAAAGUAAUGAUAACAGCGUGUUUGGACAAGCUGGUGCGUGUCUAUGAGUUGCAGUCCCACGACCGGCUCCAGGUGUACGGUGGCCACAAAGACAUGGUUAUGUGCAUGGCCAUCCACAAAAGCAUGAUCUACACCGGCUGCUAUGACGGGAGCAUACAGGCUGUCAGACUCAACCUGAUGCAGAACUACCGUUGCUGGUGGCAUGGCUGCACCUUGAUCUUUGGUGUUGUGGAACAUCUUCACCAGCACCUGCUCACAGAUCACACCAGCCCCACAUUCCAGGUCAUGAAGUGUCGCUGGAAGGGCUGUGAAGCUUUCUUCUCUGUGAGGAAUGGCACCAAGGAGGACUUACCCAAACACAUGCAGAAACAUGCUGAGGAGGACAGCAGUCCAGAGACCUAGAGAGCACUGAGGUUUUGGACAGGAGAGGCAGAGGGGGUCCCCCUUCCUUUUUCUUUUCACUGUUCCUGCCCUUCAUUGCACCUGGAGUCACAUGAAUACGUUAGCUGAGUAUCCCCACCAGAGUCAACAGACAACCCUGUCUUCACCUGGUUUGUCAGUUGGCUGCCUUUUGGUUUUUAUUGUUGCUUAGUCCUGUCUGAUCAGCUGGACCCCAUGCUUGGAGAGGAAGAGCCCUCUGCAGCCAGGGUGCAGGGACUGAGCCAGUUGAGUUGAUGUUGGACAGGGUGGUGUUCACCACAUAAUACAGCUGCUCUCCUUGACCAAGACUUAACCCGAGCGCCCGCCCGCCUGUCUGCUAGCACAGCAAGGUCAAUUACUCCAUGUCACCAGCAAAACAACACCUUACUGUCCCUUAUCCACUUGUCCCUAAAAUUUUAUCCCACAGUAAUUUUUCUAUUUUUAACCACAUUGUCUGAUUUUACAUUGCUUUUAUCAUUUUUGGAAUAUCAUGUUGGUGUGGCCGUGUUAAGACAUAAUUUGUAAGAAGAUUCUCAGAACAGUAUUUGCCUACUCAGACAGGACACAGACAUAGUAUGCAGUCUAGCAUGGCCUUAGAAUAAUAUUAUUCCUCAGUAUUAUGCAAAUAAAAAUUGGUUUGUUACCCUCAAGUGACCUUUACUAGUAACCGGAGGUCAUAGAAUGAUAAGCCCUAUAUGGUCCGUUGUGAGAUUCAAACUACUGAUGGUUGUCCUGUUUUGAGCUCCUGUCUUUGAUCUGCAAGUAUUCGUAUGCAUGUGUUGUGCAUCUCCAAAGUAGCCUUGCAAAAGGUUUUAGUAUCUGUGAUCACGUUCUUCGAUUUGAUUCAGUGCUUAUCAGCUCAGCUGUUUGUAUUGCAAUAUAAAGCUUAGGUUAAUUACCAUGUGUUUUCUUUCUCUUUGCCCAGGAAGCGCUGUCCAGACAGAGUUUGUGUCCUGGUAAUAAAAACUGGGCUUUUUAAUGGUUUUAGACUAGCAGUGACAGCAGCUGAAUAGUAACAUGGGUGUGUGUGUCAAGUGUUAAGGCAGCUGUGCGUCAACAUAAGUGCAUUUUCAGUUUUUAUGGAAUGACCUUAUGUGUAUGACCAGUUUUGUUUUUGAAAACUUAAAACUCUGGGUUGUGCUUCUCUAACCUACUGAAAACAUCCCUAAAGACAGUAGUUCAAAGUGUUGUAUAAAAUGUUGCGUUUUUUUAAUUCUUUUUAUUUUUCCCCCAUAGACCUCACCUUUCAUACUUCGUGUGGUCUAUUAUUCACAAGUGUGCCUGAGCUUGCUGAACCACCCUCACUGAUAUCAGUACCAAUACUCCACAUUAAAAAUUAAUUUUCAGAUCCCAAAACAAGCAUUCUUUUGUGUUCUUAAAUUUUGGUGACCAUAAUACUGUUUGGGUGGAGGAGACGGUGUGUUCUUGUGGAAUCAAUAGUAUAGUAAGAGGGUUGAUUUGUGUACCCCAAUGCAGCACAAGACCAGAACAUGUCAGUAUGCAGUCAAACACAGUAUUUUUCUACCGUAAAACUGCAUGCUUGGGUGGUGGUGACAAGGAAGCUAUUUGGCUGCAGUAUCAGGUGUGUAUGACUGGUUUGAGCAGGUGGGUAAAACUAUGGAUGUAAACACUGGCUCUCCUACUGUUUUUGCUUCCUAGUUGGUCAGCAUCCUUCUCCUUUUUGAAAACUUGUGCAUGCCUGUUUAACAUGUUUUGUACGGAAAUG